UGUUAUUCCGAAUUCAAACGGGGACAGUCGUUUUUGUUUGCCCGCUAUAAUUGGAUUAGGUUUUUGUUUAUACUAAAAAAUGAAUGGCGUGCAAAGGACAUUGGCUUAGUACACCAAAACAUCGUUAGAUUAGAAUCGGAUUUUUGUUUUUAAAUUCGUGCCAAAGCAGCUGCAUUGUUCGUGCACAUUUUCUUUGUAAUAUAAUUACGAUCUUCAUGCUUGAUUAACUAACUUGUGAUGCAGUGAUAGCAUUUAUAUACGUCGGGAUUUACGUUCAAGAUCUGUGAUUAUAGUAAGAAGAAAAUAUUACAUUCAACUGAAAGUGUAUUACACAUUCAAUGCACUUGAACGUCUUAUCAGUGGAGAAUUAAAAAAAAUGAUAAAAUUUAGCACUGACACCCAAAUAAGAAUCUGAGCGAAUACGAUUUCGCCAGACAUAUUUAAUCUUAAUCUCGUCAACCACAUAUAGACUCGAAAUUGUUUUCAAUGAAAAUGGAUGGUCCGCAGCAGUUGAAUUGCGAUUACUCAUUCUGAGUGUGGAUUUACAGUCGAAAAAUGGUUGUCAUUGUUUUUAAUUAUACAAUACCGAUCUAACGCAAAGGUCAGUGAAGCUUUUUUCUUGUUUCUGUGUAAUAAAUUAGAAGAACCGUCCAAUGAAAUGACAAUUAACUACUAAGGUUUCGUGAAAUAGAAUAUUAAUUUUGGUGAUGACCUAUCACUAUCCUUUCAAGCAACAGCUAACUGCAGUGCUAAACAUUCAAGUUUCAGUUUAAUGAGACAAAGGAUUGAAAUUUAAAUACUUUUUCGACGAAAUUUAACAUAAGUUCUUCACCGAUCUCAAUACAUCAUAACCAAGACACUUCAAUCAUGCCUAAACAAAGCGAUUUUAACAUGCCGAAAAAAAGGAAUUUGUGCGACAACGUUUCAUUGCAAAUAUCGAAUGGACUUAGUGAACUUUUUUUACAGAAUUGGUGUGACCGUUGCUACACAUCCAUGGAAUACGAUAAUAUGUUCCCUAUUACUGGUCAUUUGCUGUAUUGUCGGUCUACUAGCGUUUCACAAGGAAAAGAAUCCCCUGAAAUUGUGGAUUCCACAAGAUUCCAAAUUUAUCGAAGACACAGAAUGGUUAACCACGUCAUUCGAAGAAGGAUACAGGAAACAAACAAUAUUAAUUGUAGACGAGGAUGUACUGCGGCCGGAGGUUUUACAAAAAGUUGCGGCUGUGAGUAAAAAAGUAAUGAGUAUAACGGCCACCCUAAGGAAUGGAACGGAAAUCCGAUGGAAGGAUGUAUGUUUUAGAGUGCCGAUGAUAGCCGAUCUACAGGAAUCACCCUCACACCAACAACGAACGAAACGGCAGUCGUUCGACUUUGACGACGAUUUGUUCGACGAAGAGUCAACUGUAAGACCCAUAGUAAAGACGGCCAACAAGCCAUUCAACCCGAGUGUCGAUUUAAAUCCAACAGUUUAUUGUGGCAUCAUCGAAAACCUGCCGAACGGAUGUUUGCUGGAGAAUUUGUUGGAAAUUUGGAAUUUCGAUGAACAGAUCAUUGGGAAUUUGACCAAAGACGAUAUAUUGAACGCUAUCAAUUCGACAACGAUCAGUCCGUACAGUGGUCAUGAGUCGAAUUUUGUUCGAUUAUUGGGUGGGACUAAACGCAAUUCUAGCGGUCACAUUGUUGCAGCAACAGCAUUAAUGUCCCAUUGGUUUGUCUACUUGAAUUUUUCGAAUGUCGAUCAUGAGAAUGCUGGGAAUGCAGCAGGAACAGAAGAUUGGGCGUCCGAAGAGGCUCUAAUUUGGGAGGAUGGUCUCUUGGAAACGUUAGGCCGGCUUAAAAAUCAGUUAUUCGAUAACGAAACCAAAUUGUUUUACGAAGCGGCUCGAAGCUUUGGUGACAUAAGUUCGGCCACGAUGUUCCAAGAUAUGGACAAAUUAAUGAUCAGCGGUGUCAUAAUGUUCACUUUCCUGCAACUCGUUUUAUCAAAAUUCAACUGGCUAGAAUUUCGGCUAAUUCUAGGUACCAUGGGUCUGCUUAGCAUUGGAAUGGCAUUCGUUUCUGCUGUGGGAAUAUGCUCGGUAAUGGGUGUCUCCUACGGACCAGUACAUACGUCUCUACCAUUUCUAAUGAUGGGCUUGGGUGUGGACGAUAUUUUUGUGAUGAUGGCAUGUUGGAGGCAAGUUGAAGCGAAGUAUCGUCAGCAUUCCAUUCCGGAGAAAAUGGCUUUAAUGCUGCAGCAUGCCGGAGCGUCGAUUACGGUUACGUCUUUUACGGAUGUCGUUGCAUUCAGUAUCGGAGCAUCCACUAUGUUACCGUCACUUCAAUCAUUUUGCAUUUAUGCGGCCGUUGGAGUGUUUUUCACCUACAUAUUCGCUAUAACAUUUGUCGUUGCCGUAUUUACGUUAGACCAGCAGCGAAUAGAGCAAAGUCGCAAUCCUAUUUUUCCAUGCAUCGUCCGAAAAGACGUUAACAGAGAACCGGUGUGCAAUCCACGGGCUGGGCACAGAAUACUUAAGUAUGUCUUCAAUGUUAUUCUGACGAAACCAUGCAAGGUAAUAGUCAUAACGACUGUGAUAGCACUGACAACCUUCAGCACCCACAAUUUAUUUCAAUUGAAACAAAAAUUCGAUCCGUCGUGGUUCAUACCGGCAACGACAUAUCUGCACAGCUAUCUAGCAAAUCAACAUGAAUACUACCCCGAUGCUGGAUUAGAGUGUGGUAUUUUUAUGGGACGACUGAACUACACUGAAGAAUUGCCAAAAAUUUGUGGAGUUACCGAACUAUUGAAAAAUCGAACGGACCUGGUGUACGAUGUUGAUUCAUGGAUUGAUCCGUUCCGGCAAUUUGUGGAAAUUAAUUUCAAAAAAGAUGCAUGCAGUGGUGUAUUAACCGAUGCAGAGUUCGGUCUCUAUUUGUCGAAGUUUUUAUUCAGUAACAGCGGCGGGAAAUAUCAGGCAAAUUUCAAAUUUGAUAGAAAAUUGAAAUGCGGGCAGCCAAUACCUCAGCCGAAGAUUUCCUCGAUACCCUUUCGGUACAGAAUUUUCGUCGAACGAUACGAGUACGUUCCCGCCAUGCAUACCAUCGAGGAUUUGUUGGCGCAGACGAAUUUCUCAUCCGGUGAUGGAGUCAGUACCGUUUGGGGAAAAGUGUAUGCCAACUGGAUUACGGACGAGGUUAUCGAUGUUGAAUUGAUACGCAAUAUAACGUUGGCAUUGGUCAGUGUGAUGGUGUGCACACUGAUAUUGAUUGCAAACAUUCCCAUCUGUUUCUACAUUUUCGUGACCGUUUUGUUGACGCUGGUGAACGUUUGCGGCUUUAUGCAUGUCUGGGGCUUGACCAUCGACUUGGUAUCGUGCAUAGCAUUACAAUUGGCCGUCGGUUUAUGUGUUGACUACGCUGCGCAUAUUGGUCACACAUUUAUGAAGCUGAACGGGACGAGAAAGGAACGGGCAUUGGAAACUGUUUUACAGAUUGGCGAAGCGGUUUUCUCGGGCGGCUCAUCGACGAUUUUGUCAUUGUUCAUGUUAGCCGUGUCCGAUGCAUACAUUUUUCAAGCAUUUUUCAAGAUCUUCAUGUUGGUCAUCAUUUUCGGCCUGUUCCAUGGACUAGUAUUUUUACCAGUCAUUCUAAGUACUAUUGGACCUCAGCCAUACGAAAUAAUUGAUCAAGCGAAUGCGGAUGAAAUUGCAUCAUACAAAAGGAAAGCUCAUGUGACCAGCAUGGACGAUGAUGUUAAUGAAAUGACUACUUUACAGCACCAAAAUGGAUCCAGCAACGGAACGAAUUUUCCAAUAAAAUUGUGAA